AUGAAAAUAAUAUCAUCAGCAAGAAUAAAAAGAUUUGAUUGCAAUACUUUAACUGAGGACAGUAUCCUUAACGGUAUUGCAAUUGUUCCUGGAAGAUUACCGGAAGAUAUUGAAAUUUCAAAAGCUGCUGAAGAUCUUUUAAAGAAAAUUCUAAAUCCAGAUCCUAGAGCUCGGUUCUACUGGUUUAAAUCCGUAAUAAUCUCGGAAAAUUCCUCAGUCGUGAGACUGCUCGGUUCGUUGCUGCGAUUAGCACUCGUCAGCGCCAAAGGUUCAUUCAAUACUUUAGCGAGACUUCGUAGGAAUUUACUGUCUGCGACACGAACCCCAAUAGUGUCAAUUCCUGGGUUCAGCUUUGGGUUCAAAUUACCAGUCCGUUUGACAACGAUGGUAACCUGUCCUGGCAAAAGCGUCAGCAGAAGAUCCGGGAGAAUAUGGUCCACGUGA